UGUUGUCAGCGUGCUGGCUUGGCGCCUCCCCUCUUUCCCAGUCCCCUGUAUAAAUGUGCAGUCUGCUCCUUGUGUGCGCUCACAGUCACGUCGAGUCAGAGCAAGUGUGCGGCCUCCCGGGAUACUAACACAGCAGACGACUGACAACAAUCUUGAUUUUUCAAGCCGUUUGCGAUGAAGGCUGUCCCUCGCGUGCACCCCCAGGACUCUCCGUCUUCCUCCCCCGCCGGCAGCAGGCGGCUCCCCCUCCACUAUCCGACUAAGCGGAGCUUCAACGUCGCCCGGUCCGGGAUGGAAGAGGACGACCGGCAUUGUCUGCAGCACGACAUGAACGACUGCUACAGCCGACUGAAGCGCCUGGUGCCCACCAUUCCGCAGGAUAAGAAAGUCAGCAAAGUGGAGAUCCUCCAGCACGUCAUCGACUAUAUCCUGGAGCUGCAGUUGGCCCUGGAGACGCACCCUUCUCUCCACAAACAAGCGCCUCAACGGACCGCGGCGUGCGGUCCUCUCGCGUCCAAGCCCAGCCGAACACCGCUCACCGCGCUCAACGUCGAGCACCGCCAGAGGACAUCAAUUGUCAAAAAGCCGGAGGACUCAAUUUUAUGCCGCUGAAAACAUACGCACCUGAUUGGUGUGCAGGCUGCACAGAACCGCUCCAAAGCCAGCAAAGCUUCGCCAGGGACUCACAGCCACCUGGAUGCACAAUCACAAGGGAAUUUGGAAACUACUGGAACAAACUUAUUUGAAAUAUAAUUACAAUUUUUGAUCCAUAGAGCAUGGAGUUAGCAUAAAGAUGUCUCCCCUUAUGUUUGUCCCAAACCAGCCCCAUCCAUUUUUCUUAUCCAUAUUUUCUUUAAAAAUUGAAUUAACAGUCAUCGUUUUGAGACAUUCCCCCCAAUCGUGUAUGAGCAUUACAUUGAAAACCUGUGAAUUGUGCUUCAAAAAAAAAAGUGAGUUUCAAGCUUUACUGAACUGCAAAAGUGCUGUACAUAUUUUUUUGACAUCUAUUGUUUAAAAUAGAUGCUUUGUGUCGAGCAGGGAUGCCAUUCCUGUGGUCAUAUCAUAUUUGAUACUGUAAAGAAGAACAAUUCAAUUUGAAGAACAAUUAAGAUUGUACAUGAAGAGAAACAAAUGUUCUAUAAGAAAAACAAAUAUGUGAAAUGAAUACAUAUAUGCUUCAAAUAGACUAUUGUAAUUAUAAGAUAUUUUUUAUUAAAAUGUCAUUGGUCGUUUUGUAAAUAUUGUUAUUUCCACUUAGGAGUCUUUAGUGAAUGAAUGUGGUUUUGUCAGUUAACAUUGCAAUGUUUUGGAAUAGUUUAAUAUGUAGCAUGUCAGGCUCACUGCAGAGAUGCCAAAGGUGCACUGAAGCAGCCCCCCCCCCCCCCCCCCCCCCUGUAUAGAUACAGUAAGUUCUUUUAUUUGCUCAGCUUUCCCUUGUUGUUUUUAUACUCACUAACGAUGACACUUAAUCCAUUUGGGGCAAUAGGUCGCUCCUCUUCUAUAGGUUAUCGUUUUUUUUGUUGGUUUGUUUUUUUUUUAAAUGAAAAAGCCGGAUGUCUUUAUUUUACAAUGCACUCAUGGAAAAAAAUAAACAUAAAAUCCAUAACACGCAGCACUUCUGUCGGUGUACAAUGUAAUAUCUUAAAAUGCAAUGAUAGUGAGUGAUGUCAUGGCAUCGUUUUUCAUUUCAUUAGGACAGUGCAAACAUUAAAUACAUGGACGACAAUUAAUUGUAGUCAUUAAUUGUGAUCAGGAUGUUUCAUGGCGAUCAUGAACUCAUUUCAGCAGCCGUGUGGUUGAUUAACUAAAAAACAAUAAAAACCUUUGUUUUUUUGGGUAUUUUUUCAUGACAUUGAACACCAAAUUUACCUCACCACCCUCCUGCCAGUGUGGGAGGGCGCAUGUACAUGACUGUCAGAAUUGACCUUCACUGGCUCGUGAGGAGUUGUCAAAACAAUUAAAGUUUCCAGGAAGAA